AUGGUUUUUCUAGUAUCUGAAUCAUCGCGCGUUAUUACGCUCCUAUCCAGCGAUAGUAAGAUAAGGCGUAAAGAGUCACUGAAUGCUAUUGAGCACGACUGUGAUGAAAACCUUCGACAUGCCAGUACUGAGGAAAUAAAUUCUUACUGUUCCUGGCUUAUUCCGCAUCUCGUAAACUUGGUCGCUGACCCUGUGGAAAGUUAUCGUGAGGCGUCUAUUCGUAUUCUCUCCAAGCUAUGUAGCUAUGUUGAUGUCUCCGACUGCUUUAUUCCCUGCGUAACGCACAUGUUGGUCAAACGUCUUACUGUUAAAGAGUCUCUUGAAGAUUCUGAAGAAGUUCGCCUGUGUUCCUUAAAUCUCCUUAGAAGUAUGCUACAUAAGCUUCAAAAUGGUUCUUCAUGUGUUGAUGAUUACUGUCUUAUCCUCAGUCAUUGUCUUAAGGACAGUUUUCAUGAAGUGAAAGUUGUCUGCUGUGAUAUUCUCCAAAUUUUGCCAACGAAGUUUCCCUCGUUGUUCUAUCACGCCGCUGAACCUGUACUGAAGCCACUGCUGAACAAUGUUGUCCACCAACAACACAAGGUUCGUGUUGCAACUAUAGAGGCUAUCAGUGUGGUUUUCGAGCAUUGCAACGGCAAGUUCGUCGACUCUGCGAUUGCACCAUUGACACAGCGUCUCUUUGACCCGUCCAUAGCAGUAAGAAAGGCAGUAAUCCGAGUAGUUGGAGAAUGGCUAUUGAAUCUCAUGGAUCGGUACUCCUACCACUCGAAAUUAAUUCCCCUGAUUUUGAGUGGAUACAUUGACGAAUGCAAGGAAAUUCGUGAUGAAGCUAUCGCCCUGUGGGAUGAUGUCGGUUUGAAGUUUCAGAACGAAAAUGAGAACGAUUUAAAAGACAAAAUCGACUUUGAUCCUGGAAAGCCUUCGCAUUAUCCACCCAAUCAAGUCAGACCCAACUUCGUGAAGACUCGACCUGUAUUUGUCUUGUUCUUCUUCGUCCUCUUUGAAGGUUGCCGCGAGCUUCUGAGUCGCACGGCCUCGCGUCUACUACCAGGUCUUUGUAACGAUCUCCGCGACUGGCAAGAGGAGACUCGACACAAGGCGGCAGGCCUGUUGCCCAUUGUGCUGUUGCACAUUGAGGCAGGCAUCACACAGCACACCCAACUCCUCAUCACUGGUCUUGUCAACGGAAUUGCGGAGGCCCUACUUCGCAUUACCUCUUCCACUGGCAGUGGUUCCAUUCAUCUUAUUCUCAUGAACCCGUCUCGUGGAUUGCCCUGUCUCUUGGACCUUACUGCCUUGCGUAAACCGAAGUCCACUGCUCCUGUUGCUCCGAAUGCAGAGACUUCCGAGGCCCUUGGUGUUCUUCAGCAGCUCUUUGCUGCUGCUCGAUAUUUGGCUUGUUUUGUCGAGUCAGAGAUGUGGUGGAAACUGUUGCGCGAGAACGCACGACGUUGCCAAGAGGCUACCUCGCCUGCCAGCUUGGCUGCCAACUAUUUUCUUCUAGCCAACCUCAUCUCGGGUAGUUGUAUGGACAGUCUCGUCUCUGUCGACACUACCACUGUCAAUGAGGCUCCUGUGGGAGGCUUCUGUCCUCUCCUACAUAUGACCGCUUUCUUGACGGCCGAAGACCAGAUCACCUGCUCCUCGUUUGCUUCCAAAGCGGGCCUCUUGGAGUGUGCAAAUGCCCUCACCUCUCUCCUAAGCGAAGUUCUAGAGAGGCUAAGCUCUGUGGGUACUGAAGCUUGUGGUGACGCCUCUGAGAAAGUGCUACAUAAUGUUUCCUUGAAGCUCCUCGAGGACACCUUUUUCCUGCUAAUGUCACUGAGUGCAUGUUGGGAGGAGGGUGUGGAGCGCACAGAUUUUGUUGUUGAGUUCAACGAUCAGGUAGGACGUCUGCUUUGCUGCCUUUCGCGACAUCAGAGUGUCCUGCUGCGUAUAGGUAAUGACCCCGCAGCAGUUUUUGGACCAUCGCAGUCAGAAGAGCCAAUGCCAGAGAAGGGGAAGGAAGAUUUGAUUGUGACUGAGGCAAAACGAGCUGGUCUACUCCUAGAGCGUCUCUAUGGUUAUCAACUGCCUAAGGCAUGUCUGCUGCGACGUCUGGAUGAGGGUCGUCGAUGCAAAAGUAGUCAUGGUGGCAACAGUGAUGGGGGUUGGCACGCCAAGUCGGUGGGGCUAUGCAUCUUCUGCCACGCUGUGCUUGCCGCUGGUCCCGGCCUUCUCCUUGGUCUUGAGCCCUUAGAAUGUCGUGGUUGCGGCGGUGUUAGUUCAGUGGAGUUAUCGACGCUUCCGUCGGUUGCUGAGGGUAUUACGGCCUCGUCUUUCUACCUCACCCUUCACCUGCUUGAGGAGGGCUGCCGAUUGGGGCAGCCGUUGGACACAAACGCAGGUACAAAUGAGAAGGGUGAAGGCGUGGAAGCUGCUGCCACCCCCCUGUCCAUUGCAGCGGAGGCUGAGCUGCACCUCAAAGGCCUGCUACUGCUUAUGCGACUCACUGAGCACGCUCGCGUGAGGAUAGUACUAACCCAACCACGCCUCUUUCGGUACUGCCUUGAACGCCUAAUUCUGCCGUCCUGUGUGUGGCGCGCAGGCCGUACGGCAGAGGCGAUGCGUAAGGCGGCGGCCACCAGUCUCGUGGCGCUCCUCGCGGCCGUCGUACCCCUCGCCCCGCCCUCUCGCACCCCUGCCACCAUCGAAGGCCCUAACGCUCUGGAGCGCCUUUUAGAUGAGUGGGUUGAUCAACGUAUUGCUCCCACUAAAGGCAAACUCAUUGAACUCCUUGCCAAAAAUGGUUUGCUGAGCUGUCGCAUUCGCUUCGUUGAUCCACCUACUCCAGCCACAUGCAACGUAGUGGACACACGGCAACUGGCAAAUCUAGGUAUAGUGAGUGCUGCCUCGCCCCGACUUCUCAGUCUCCUGCUGGUGCGCCUCGGUGGCCUCCUAACUGAUGAUCUAGAAGCCACACGCCUUCUCGCCUGCACCGGUCUCACUCUCCUCUUUGGUGGUCUCUAUGCUGGUGGCAGUGAAGACGCUAUUGGUGGUGGUUGUGUUGUCAACGAGGCAAAUAAAAACUUGCCUGGUGCUUUCCUACGCUCACCCGCCUGGUUCUUACCCCUACGUGAUGAUACUUCUGCUGAAAUGGAGGAGGUAGAUAUCGGAGGCUAUGGCGACAAGAUGCCCGGCCUUACAACACCAUUACCUGGAUCGCUUGGUGACAAGGUCUAUCGUUUCUAUCCCUGUUUGCUCAAGGCUCUGGACGAUGCUUCGGAUGAGGUUCGCCUGCGAGCGGCUGACGUUCUCGUCACUUGGUUUUGGGUAAUGGCUCCCAAUUUGGUAGAUCGUCCGCCUCCAGUACCGAAGCAUUCCACGGGGCUCUCGAACAACCCGACCUCAAGCAAACAGCUCAACCCAGUCUACUCAGCGGUGAUAGAAGAACUCACGACCACCGUGGCAGUGCAUUUGGACGAUGCAGAUGGAGCUAUUCGAGCUGCAGUGGCUCGCAUCAUUCUGCGCAUUGCACAGGUAUCCUCCGAAACGGUGCGGAAAGUAAUGCUUGUAGCUCGUGAACGUCACCGAUCACCUGAGCUAUGUGAGGCCCUGUUGGACAGUUUAGAGUGGACUUGUGAUUAG